AUGCACCAGGCUCUGUGCCACGUCGAUGUCCUGAGGCAAAUAUUUUUGACCUACUACAAAGAAGGGUGGGAAAUGAUGACCAGCGCGUUUGAGACCAACUACAUGCGCGGACUGCACCCAUUGGCUGCUGUCUGCAAAACCUGGCGUGGUGUUGCAUACCAUCACUUUUUGGCCAAGUGCAUGUCCAUCGAGGUUUUCCAGCCGCCUGAUCAUGGCCGGCGCGGUGAGUAUUUUAAGUCUGCGUUUGAACAGGAUGCCUGCACUACCAUGGGCCCUUUCGGCUACGUCUGCACGCCAUCGACUCGGUCCAUUUAUCACUCGAACGCGUAUUUGAUCCCGCGCACGGGCAACAAGACGACAACAUUUUAUCUCUAUCUUGGCAACAAUGUCACAGCAAUGGACAUUGUGCACUGCUUGAACUGCAUUGCGUUUGCAGAGUAUGAGUGGCCGCUGGUCACUGCACUGCACAUUGUGACCGACACGAUCUUCACCAUUCCGCCGGUGCUCCCCCCACUGACUGUGCUCUCAAUCUGCCCGGUUCAUUUUACCCACCAUUUUCUCUUGGCAAAAUUAUCAGCCGAGCACCUGCAAAAGCUAUCGCUGCACCACAUUCAGCCCCGACACUUCUUCAAAACCAUCGGCAUUAGCGGCCCACAGUCGCCAGCCGUGUUUCCCGAGCUGCGCAGCUUGGGCCUGUACUUCUCCGUACCGCGCAUCUCGCAGGAUGCCAGCAGCAACUGGUACAACAGCCACGAGCACAACCUUGUGAGAUUCCCCAAAUUGCGUCUGGUCACCAUAUACAAUUACUACUACAACAUUUCGGGCAUAUUCCGCGCACUGCUACAGUCGCCAGUCGAGAACCUGCGCAUCUCCACGCAACCCUUGUUGUUUGUGUCUGCUGAGAUCCACCGUUUUAUGAGCAUCAAAAAGCUCUGGGCCAACUUUGAAAUGGGGCAGGACCAACAGCAACAGCAGCAGCUACUGGCCGGAAACUACUUUGAUCGGCUGUUCUCGUCGCAAACGCCGCUCACAGACAUGUCAAUAUGUUUACCAAGCAGCGACUGGCGCACCUCGAUGACCUCAAUUGAGUCUAAACUGCUGUACACGCUGGACCUUGAUUUGAAGCUGGGCUACACGCAGGCAAUGUCAAUUAUGAGUGGCCUCCCGCGGCUUGUUCACUUCCGGUGUGUCAUCGACACAAUGAGUGUUGACAACAAUGCCAGCAUGCGGGAUAUUCUGUGUCAAAGCCAUCCCAUUUGCAGCACGACUGUCGAGCAUAUGGUGCUGGUGUUCCAUCCGCAGACGGAAUCUGUCGACAUUUCUGGGCGGUAUGCUGUUCUUGCGCACAUGCUGUCACUUAUUGCACGCGUACCCUCGCUGCUGCACUUGCGCUCAAGCUACUCGGCGGCCACAUUCAGAAUGCACGUUCGCAGGGCGCUGGCCAUUAAUGAAUUUGCUACCAUAGGCCGGCAUUUGAAGAACAUAAAGUAUAAUGCGCGUGCCAACAGCGGCAGUAAUGUCGUCUUUAGUUAA